UGCAAUGCAUAGAUAACUAAUGAUAUAAUAAUUAGUAAGUAAAAUAUAUAUUCAGAAACAAUGACGGUAUUCCAUGAUGAGGUUGAAAUAGAAGAUUUUGAAUACGACGAAGACGAAGGGAUGUAUUAUUACCCAUGUCCCUGUGGCGACCAGUUUCAGAUUAGUAAGGAGGACUUGAUGGCGGGGGAAGAAGUCGCAACAUGUCCAAGUUGUUCACUAGUUGUAAAAGUUAUAUAUGAUUUGGAAAAAUUCAAAGCGGAAUCUGAAGAAAUACAGAAAGAACCUGGUGAUAAAGAAGCUGUGAAAGCUUAAAAAUAGAAUCAAUAAAGACCUAUGAGGUCUGUGUAAUACCUAUGUUGUGAAUGAGAUGAGUCAUAUCAUCUCUGGAGAUGAUUUCUGUGAUAAGUUGUAAUAAAAUAUGUUAAAUAUGAA